CACAAAAACAAAGAAAUCAAAAAAGACUAACUCCCCAAAUGAGAUUGAUAAUUCAAAGGAAGAAAACCAAAUCUUUAAAGAUAUCCAAAACAACUGGAACACGUCUAAGCUUACUCCGCUUCAAUUAGAUCCGAGCGUGGAAGGAGCUCUUGAAGAUCAAAUCAUUAAGGAGAACAAGACCAAUCAUGAAGAAUUCAAGCAAACCCAUGUGGAAAGAAGUGCUGAUAACAUCUGCGGUACUCCUCAGCUCACCCCGUUUCAACAAGAUCCGAACGUGGAAGGAGCUCUUGAAGAUCAAAUCAUUAAGGAGAACAAUAUCCAUCAUGAAGAAUUCAAACAAACCCAUGUGGAGAGAAUUGCUCAUAACAUCUGCUAUACUCCUCAGCUUACCCCGUUUCAACAAGAUCUGAACGUGGAAGGAGCUUUUGAAUAUCAAAUAAAUAAGGAGAACAAGACCCAUUAUGACGAAUUCAAACAUACCCUUGUGGAAAGAAGUGCUGAUAACAUCUGCGGUACUCCUCAGCUCACCCCGUUUCAACAAGAUUCGAACGAGGGACGAGCUUGUGAUGAUCAAAUCAUUAAGAAGAACAAAACCCAUGUCUUAGAAUUGAAACAAAGAAAUAUUGAAAUGAGUGAUGCGAACCUCUCCCACACUCCUCAGUUUAACCAGCCUCAACAAGAUCUGAGCUUGGGACGAGCUUGUAAAGAUCAAAGAAUUCAGAAAAACCAGACCCAUGAAGAAAAAUUGAAAGAAAUAAUUAUUGAAAUGAGUGAUGCGAACAUCUCCCACACUCCUCAGCUUAUCCAGCUUCAACAAGAUCUGAGCUUGGGACGAGCUAGUAAAGAUCAAAGAAUUCAGAAAAACCAGACCCAUGAAGAAAAAUUGAAACAAAUAAUUAUUGAAAUGAGUGAUGCGAACAUCUCCCACACUCCUCAGCUUAACCAGCCUCAACAAGAUCUGAGUUUGGGACGAGCUUGUAAAGAUCAAAGAAUUCAGAACCAGACCCAUGAAGAAAAAUUGAAAGAAAUAAUUAUUGAAAUGAGUGAUGCGAACCUCUCCCACACUCCUCAGCUUAUCCAGCUUCAACAAGAUCUGAGCUUGGGACAAGCUUGUAAAGAUCAAAGAAUUCAGAAAAACCAGACCCAUGAAGAAAAAUUGAAAGAAAUAAUUAUUGAAAUGAGUGAUGCGAACAUCUCCCACACUCCUCAGCUUAUCCAGCUUCAGCAAGAUCUGAGCUUGGGACGAGCUUGUAAAGAUCAAAGAAUUCAGAAAAACCAGACCCAUGAAGAAAAAUUGAAAGAAAUAAUUAUUGAAAUGAGUGAGGCAAACCUCUCCCCCACUCCUCAGCUUAACCAGCCUCAACAAGAUCUGAGCUUGGGACGAGCUUGUAAAGAUCAAAGAAUUCAGAAAAACCCGACCCAUGAAGAAAAAUUGAAAGAAAUAAUUAUUGAAAUGAGUGAUGCGAACAUCUCCCCCACUCCUCAGCUUAUCCAGCUUCAACAAGAUCUGAGCUUGGGACGAGCUUAUCGGAGAGUGGGAAGAACUUGUGAAGAUCAAAUUAGUAAGAAAAGCAACAUCCACGAUGAAGAAUUGAAGAAAAGAAGUAAUGAAAAGAGUGUUGAGAUCAUCUAUUACGAGCCUCAGCUCACCCCGCUUCAACUAGAUCCGAGCGAGGGACGAGCUUGUGAAGAUCAACGGACUAAGGAAAAUAAGACCUAUGAUGGAGAAUUGAAAGAAAGACGAAAUGAAACAAGUAAAGAAAAUAUCUGCAACACUUCCAAUAACGAUAGAGAUUUUGAAACAAAUGAAGAGUUCAUCUAUUCCGCACCUCAGUUCACCCCGCUUCAACAAGAUCCGAGCGUGGGAAGAACAUAUGAAAAUCAAAUGAUUCAGAAUAACAAGACUAAUGAUGAAGAGGUGAAGGAAAUAAAAUUAGAAACAAGUGCAAAGAACACCUACGACAUUUCUCAGCUCCACCUGUCACAAGAGCACCUAAGUAAAAGUAGAGCAUCUUACCAUCAAAAAGUGAGAAAUAUGGAUAUAGAAAAUGACUAUUCAGCCUUGUUUUCGAGUGACUUAAUACUACAGAGUUAUUUAUUUGACAAAAACAGAACACCAGAAAGUAUAGCAGAAUACAAUAGAAGAAACUAUGUAGAAAUAGACCCAGAAGAUCCCUUCAUUUUGGAAGAAUUAAGCUUAAACCCUGAUUUUAAAAGCUCCUCGGAACCACCAAACAUCCCUGCAAAAAAGAGUUACCUCAAGAGAAAAUGGAAAAACAUAAAAAAACUUUUCCAACUUCAAAGAUCAAAAGAUCCAAACCGAAAAUUUUUGUAA